ACCGUUAGAUUGUCCCUUGAGGUUGGCGCGCGUCCGUUACACAAAGGUGUGGCAUUGGCCCGCAGGGAAAAGAGACAUUCCGGACGGGUUUUUGGCGAUUGAAGAAAGUAAAGAAAGCUGGACUUUUAACCUGCUCAGGUAUGCCACCUGACAUUGAUCCUGACAUUAUAUGUUUCAAACACUGUAAAAGCAACAUCUUUACCUUUAGCGUACCCAAUCACUGUCCAAAAUGCAACCAGUCGUUGACCGAAGCUGAGAAUUUGUGUCCAUUUGCUUUACCGCCAAUCUUCGUUAACGCCACCCAAACCCCGUGCGCCGUAAUCCUGCGCCCCUCAACCGGUGACUUUUGGAGUGACUUCCACAACACGACGAACCUGCACAUUGCGCUGACCGACGCGGACGGCUCGAUCGUGGAGUUUGACCAGCCCGGUCUAACGCGAACGGUUGCGCGCCGGGUUGACCGCAGCCGGUGGGGUCAGUGUUUGCUGAUCCUGCAGGUGCCGGAGUCGUGGCAGUACGAGUGGGAACAGCAGUUGCACCACGUGGUCGAGGACCGGGGCUGGCGUCACCGCAAGUACGACGAAGACCGGCUGAACUGCUUCAGCUUUGUGUUGGAAUUUUUGAGGUUUUUGCGGUACGGCGAUUACUGGAAGUAUGCGGACAGCAGGGAACGAUUUUCCACGGAAUUCAUUGUGCCUAAAACGAGAACGGUGGCAAAGUAUAUUACCAUUUUCAGAAGGAUUAGAGAGCAUGGCUACUGGGCGGAGUUGGACCAAUAACUGUGAUCAAAAGAGGCCAUAUUGUUAUAAUGUUUAUCAUAUAAGUAGAUUAUUUGAUUUCAUUUCAUAUUGAAUUAUGAAAUUCUUCAUCUUUAUAGAUAGUUAACAUGAAUAAAUAUUACCUAAC